CUGCGUUCACUCCUAGCAAUGCAAGCUGGUGGAAUUCCAUCAACUCGGCGCCUUCAUCGUCCGACAUGGCUUCAGAGUCGUCUAUUGCGGUUCCAGCGUCUAGUAGGAUAACUGGUGCAAACCCUAUUACGAGUCUGCCAGUGUGGGGGGAUGCUGUUGCCAAUACAGGAGAUAACAUUGAAACAGCGACGUUAGCAUCGGUGAUUGCCAAUCUGUCAUCGUCAUCAUCAUCUUCCUUGUCACCGUCGUCUAUUUCCUCCACGCCUCACCACCGCUCAACCACGGGUGAUCUCAACACGACCACGGAGGCUUCUGAUAUUGGCUUGGCCCAGCACCAGAACGCGGUAGGUGGUCGAAGCCCUCAAGAGACGGGUGUCGGGAAAGCCUAUGAUUGAUAUUGUCCCUGUGUGGUGGUGAAUACUACCCUCAUAUGAGCCGUACUAGUGUUUGUACGGGUGUAAGGGAAUUCUCAUAGUACUGGCAGUGCUGCUAUCUUUCUCCCUCGUAUCGGUAUUGCUUGGGGUUAGCCUUAACUCCUCGACGCCAUCCCUUGUAGUUAUUAUUGUAGUCAACUCGGUCAAAGAAUCUAUAAGUAAUGUUCUGUCUGUAGCAUUCAUCACAUUAGUCGGUCGCCUUGUGUGACCAUCGUGUAACUCAAUACUUGAUCCUCCUCCUCCUCCAUUAUCUCUUUCAUCAGAGAGCAGUGGGAGUAGGAGGAUGUGAGCUAUGAAUAACGAUAGUAGUCCUAUCAUCAGUAGAGGUACCACUCACAUUAUGUCGUUGUCAGCGACUACGAUGAUGAUCAUAGUGCUGCUGUUAGUGGUAGUCUUCACGGCGUUAUGAACAGUCGGAUUUUUGUUGUGCCGUGCGAGAUUCGGCUACUUUUUGGAUAAAGCAUUGCCCUGUCUGACUGUUCUCUCGCACCGUUCGUCGUUGUUGGUCUUGCGUUGGGGUCAUCCCAGCAUAGUCA